AUGAAGACCCAAUGGAUACUCAGUGGAACACCUCUCAGCACCCCCCCCAAUCUGAGUACUACGCUGUCAAAAAUGGCUGACUUGGUGGAGCUAUAUACCACGCUGAAAGAUUAUGAACAGAUCUUCGCAUCCCUCAAGCCCCAUGUUAUCGCAGCCAAACCAACGCUGGAUGGCAGCGGAAAGUUUGCUUUUGAACUAGCAUCGACUGAAGCUGGAAGAUGUUUAUCAAUGACACGAAAGCUCUUCGAAUGCAACUUGAGAGUUCAUAGAUUUCUUGAUACGACCAGUAUACAGCUCAAUAAGGUUCAUGGUUACACCUUGGAACAACAAGAGAAACAGAUCGCGCUGGCUACUGAAGCCUUGGGGGGACUAGGAACCAUGCAUGAUAUUCUUGAGGGAAUACUCCAGGCAUUGAAAAGGGAAGCUUACGCACCACAAGGGCCUGUCGAAAAGGCAUUGGGUGUGAGGGACAAUCAACAUAUGACCGAGCCCAUUGAGCAAACACCGGACGUGACUCAUGAGACGAUGGAGGUUCCAGAGUAUGAUGAGACGUUGGAUCCCUGCUACCGAACUGCUCAAUCGCAUAUGUUCCAGCCUGGUGAGGUGUUCAAAACUCUCUGGCCAGAGCCUGCCCCUGGAGUCCCGUAUGCCGCUGAGGGAGUAACACAUCAUGAUGCUUAUGGUCCAGCUGUAUAUGUUAGCUUUCGUCGCUUCAUUGUCGUCGCCAAUAAUCGAGGUCAUUGCACAUGCGUCAAAACUUCGUGGUUUGGCGGACCAGAAUCAGAGAAGACACCGGGGGAGAAGUUCGUCGACAGUAUGAGAGGCGACGGUGACUGGCUCAAGAAGAUCGAUGAUCCUCCUUCGACUGCGCUUGAGUACACCAUCAUGCCAACCGAGAUGCCCCAGGGCGCGGACCUUCCUUUCAAGACCACUGGCAAGAACACCAAGAGUUCGACUAUUGAGUUCAUGUCUACAUCAAGUGCCGAGAAAUCUGCAACCGACACUGAAAUCCUCUCUAUCAGAUUUGGCUUCACCACUUGGUCUGACACCAUGUGCCUAUUCAGCAAUGAGUCAUCUAGCACAGCUUCCGAUGCAUAA